AUGGAGGAAGACACCGUAAUAGGCAAUAUAGGUUCUGCCAUUGGACUAAAUGCUGCGAGUCUGUCUAAACAAAAGCUUCAGCUUGCUUUGGGUUCUGGGCAGCAAUAUCUGAAAGUUGACGAAUCUAACGGAAAUGUAUUAAUUAAGAAGAAAAUCGACAGAGAAUCCAUAUGUGCCUUUAAAUAUGAAUGCAUUAUUAACAUGGAGUUUGUGAUAGAAGAUCCUUUUCAGAUAUUCGGAAUUGAAGUGGAAAUACUGGAUGUAAAUGACAACGCUCCUACAUUUUCAUUCCCGUCGAUGCAAAUAAACAUUUCAGAAUCUGUUUUGCAAUCUGAAAAAUUUUUACUGAUGAAAGCUGUGGAUCCCGACGUUGGCAGUAAUACGGUAUGUAAUUAUGCACUAAAUGAAAAUGCAUAUUUCGAAGCGUGGAAAGAUCGUUCUAAUUUCGCGUAUUUGGUAAUUAAGAAUGCUUUAGACAGAGAAAUGCAGGCAGUGCAUAAUUUACUGCUAACGGCUGUAGACUGUGGAAUCCCGAAAUUGUCGGGCUCUGUUAAUGUAACCGUUAUUGUCCUUGAUGUAAAUGAUAACCCACCAGUAUUUGAUCAAGAAAUUUACGAAGUAAAUCUUACUGAAAAUGUGGCAGUGGGAACAGUUGUUACUAAAUUGAAAGCAUCAGACAAAGACGAAGGGGCCAAUGCGGUAUUAAGAUUCUCAUUUAAUCAUCACACAGCACAAGAAGUUCAGGAAACGUUCAUGCUGCAUCCAGAAACUGGUGAAAUCAGUGUUUAUGGAUCAUUGGAUUAUGAAGAGGUUAAAUAUUUUGAAUUUUAUGUUCAAGCAAAAGAUAUUGGGACAAAUCCAAUACCCGGGGUAUGUAAAGUAAUAAUAAACAUUCGAGACAGCAAUGAUAACUAUCCUGAAAUCGUGAUCACUUCCAUUAAGGCGUCGGUCAUGGAAAACGUUCCCCCUGGGACACAAAUCGCUCUUUUUAGCAUUAAGGAUCUGGACUCUGGAGACAAUGGGAAGGUCGACUGUUAUAUUUUGGAGAAUUCCGAUUUUUUUCUUCAGCAGACGUCUGAAAACUAUUAUUCUCUUAUGACAUCAGUGCCAAUGGACAGAGAGAUUAAUUCUAAUUAUAACAUCACCAUAAUGGUGAAAGACAGAGGGACCCCACCUCUGUCAAAUCGUAGAACAAUAUCUAUAAAUCUAAUAGAUGUAAAUGACAAUCCGCCACUGUUUUUACAUGAGUUAUAUAAGAUUUCUGUUUCAGAAAAUAAUAUCCCAGGUUCAUUGCUUUGUUCAGUAGUGGCCAAAGAUCCUGAUGCAGAGGAAAACAGUGUUCUUAAAUACACAAUUCAGAAAGAUGGAGAUGUUAAUUUGACAUUAUCAAAACUUUUUUCCAUUAAUCGGGACAAUGGAAAUAUUUAUGCACUGCAAUCUUUUGAUUAUGAAAAGGAGAUAUCUUUUACAUUUCAAGUUGAAGCCACGGACUCAGGUAAUCCUCCAAUGAGUAGCAGUGUAACAGUCACCAUAACUGUUCUUGAUGAAAAUGACAACACUCCAAUUAUUGUUUCUCCUUGGAGAUCACAUGGUUCUGUAGCCUCUGAGAUGAUACCUGGCUUUGCUGAAGAAGGAUUUCUAGUUACAAAAAUAAUAGCAAUUGAUGACGAUUCUGUGCAAAAUUCACGAAUUACCUACCAUCUGCUUCAGAUUACUGAUCAGACACUGUUUAGCUUAGAUCGGCACAAUGGUGAACUUCGAACCAGAAGACGUCUUGGUCACAGGGAUUCAUCCAAACAACGGCUGGUCAUCCAAGCAAGAGAUAAUGGAAAUCCAUCACUUUCAUCCACUGUCACCAUUCUCAUAUCAAGAUUUGAUCCAGAAUCAGAGAGUCGAUUAGCUUUAAAUGAUGAAGUUGAUGAACCAGAUAACUUUUUAUCUUUAAAUAUGUAUUUGAUUAUUGGACUAGCUUCUAUUUCUUUUAUAUUACUAUUAACGCUGACAAUUCUUAUAAUUUGCAAAUGUAAUCAGAGUUCUCCAGCUGAAGAAAGUCAAAAAUCGUCACAAACAAUAAACUGUUACAACCAAAGGAAUUCAGUGAUCUCUGAUCUGCCUGCAAAUUCAACUCUGAUUUCUAGUGAUGCCUACUGGCACAGCGUGCUUUUGGCAGAAUCAAGAAAAGGAAAGAUGCUUGUAAGGCGAUCCAUACCCGAUGGAUCUGGCUUUAUCAUUUCAAGUUUAGAGAGGAACCCUGAAGAGAGAUCAAUUAUUGACAUGACUCUGACACCAGUCGAGGUAAGAUUAUUAAUGAAGAUUUUCAAUGGUUUUAAAACAGAAUUUUUCCCUGUGAGGUAUAUGUCAGCAGGAUUUCUCAAUGGUAAAUGGAAAGACUUUUCAAAUGCCAGUUUGUAA